CACAUUUCAAACGAAAUCUCUCGAACUCGAACGAAAACUUGUGUCUUCUCUCACGCUUGUCAGUGUCGUCUCUCAAGUUCUCAACCCUAGCCGACGGCGAUUGCUAUUGCGAUUGCAAAUCUCAAGUUCUCCCGUCCGUCUGUCUCAAAACCUAAGGUUGUUGGAUUGUGCUGGUCAAUGUCCCUUGUGCAGCUUCCUCAAUUCCAUAUUCAACUUUCAAGAUGUGAAGAGCAUUAAUAAAUUUUCCUGGUCCGGAGGGAGAGGUGGCACCCAGUUCUAAAUCAAAGCUUUGUCUUAGCUGUGAGCUCCUCAGCAAGUAUAUUUUGCCUUCCAUUAGAAGAGCAUAAAUGUACUUGACUAGGAACAAUGACAUUUCCGACAAAUUUUGGCCGCUCCUGCUCGAAGCCUUGUGCCCUGCCAGUAAACCUGGAGCUACUCUUCACUGCCGUACCACCCACCACGGUCUUCUUCGAUGACCCCGCCGCCAACCAAGCACUCCAUAGACGAACAGUCAGUAAAGCUCUAAACAGAAAGGGGAGAAAUGUACCCGUAUGCUGCCUCUUCUUCCAUUUUUCGCUGCCGAGCUACGGCUCACUCUUUCUCUGCUGCCUUUUCGGCAUCUUCUUCUUCGUCUCUGAUUUCGCUCUUUGCAACCAAACCUAUAUCACUUAUGCGUUGCUAUGGUGGCUUAGGCCAGCUCAGUGGUGCUUUGAGAUCAGAAGAAGUCAAGUCAUUCUCUACAGAUUCGCCACGAGUACUACAAGGUUGCAUUGGUGGUCAUCAUUCUUCUCAAAGUUUUGCAAGAGGGGGGUUUGCAAGAACUUCAGGGUUGAGUUCUGCUGCGAUGGAUGUGAAAAAUAAUGUGUCUGCUCCCUAUGCUUUAUGUUUUCGUAGUUUCAUAUAUUCUGCCAGUGGGAGAAAUUUUGAGCCUGGGAGGGGUUCCAAGUCCAUGAAUUUUGUCAGGGGAAUUAUCGAGGAAGAUGGAAAGGACCUCAUGGACUUCAGGGGGGGUUCUCAACUUUCUCGAUAUACUUUAGAGCAAAAUGCUGAUAUUGUCCACUUAAAGCUGCUGCGUAACAAUACUUUUGUUACAGUGACGGAUUCUAAAGGGAACACAAAAUGUAAGGCCUCGGCAGGAUGCUUGCCAGAACUGAAAGGAGGGGCUAAAAUGUCUCGAUAUGCUGCUGAAGCAACUUCAGAACAUGUGGGGCGAAUGUCUCGAAAUAUGGGGUUGAAAUCAGUUGUAAUGAAGGUGAAAGGGUUCACUUAUUUUAAAAAGAAAAGACAAGCAAUCAUGAGCUGGAGAGAGGGCUUCACUAAUUCUCGAGGGGUUCAGAAUCCAAUUGUAUACAUUGAGGAUACAACUCGGCGUCCUCAUAAUGGCUGUCGGCUCCCUAAAAGGCGUCGUAUUUAACUAUUGGCAGUUGAGAUGGUUGCUGUUGAUGGAGAAUUAUGAUGAGGAAUUUUUCCAGUUUUGGCUGAACCUAGUGGUGCAAAUAAUCUUGCAAGAUGUGUUUAUUAUGUUUGAAGACUGAUUCCUUCAUGAUGCUAGAUGAAAACUUGAUGGAGGCCACCUUAGAAUUUUUAAACUCAUUUGUCUGUCUUGUUAUGCUAACUUGGUUAAUGAGAAGUUUCUCCACCAUAAUAGUGCUGGGGCAUUUUUCUUCUUUA